AUGCCUUCCUUGUCCCAAAAGCUUUCGGAGGCCAUCAAGAAGAAGAAACAUUAUGGUAGGGUGGGCUCUGAAUCUCCAUUCAAUUCUCGGAAUCAGUUAAAUGAAGAGCUACUGAACGCUCCUCAUCCUGCAAAUACGAAUAAUGAUCAAACUGCUUUAUUGGAAACACAAUACAGCCCACCCGGAGUAGAAGGACGGAUAGGAAUAUAUGCAUCUCGGAAUGCUGAUAUGGAUAUUGAGGGAGCUCGCAUGAUCGACGACGCUUCAACACUCAUUGUUGAAUCACCCAAUGACUUGGGACGUGGAUUUAUAACAAAAGAGUCGUUUGUACAACCAUCUAUUUCAUCGUCUCGCCAAGUACACUCGGCGUAUAAUAUGACAAGAGCAGGACAAUCCUCAUUCAAAAAAAUGGGCUCACCGCAUGAUAACCACAAAUCAUCUUCAGACCAGAUUAAGAAAUCUAUUUCUGUUACUAACAUCAGUCAAUCUUCAUCAAGAACCUCUCUAGCUGGCAUUAUUCCUCCUGGUUAUGCUAUAAAGAAAAAACAAAGUUUUAGACUUUUUCCUACUAUUAGUUUAGGUCACAGUGAGGAAAAAGAUCUGGAAAAUAGUAGUGUGUUUUUUGAUUUAGAAAAGCCAAAGAAAUCAGAUGAAAAAGAAAAAAAGAAACUCAAGAAAAGAAUUUUUCUUUCCAUGUACAGAUGCUCCAUUUUACUUAUUUCGUUCUUUCUGUUAUCAAUUUUUGUAUUUUUCACUGUAUCAGCAGUUAAUUCUGCAAAAGAUGAUGGAUAUUAUACUAAUGGAAGUCCCACAACAUUAUUGUGGAUAUCUGGACUCUCCAUGCUUUUGACACUUUGUAUCAUUUUUGAGCUAGCUGCAAAUUUUGCAGUGGUGAAUGUAUUUAGGAAUUGCUUUAAGUUAAGAAAACCUUCCGACGUUAUACAUUAUGAUUCGUAUUUUGCAAUAUUUGUAUAUAGAUGUGCAGUUUUUUUACUCUUCUUCUCACUGGGCGCUAUUAAUUGGAUAUGCUAUGCCUUAUUUAUUGAGAGCAGAGAUCAUUUAGCUGGAUGGGUUUCUCUGUACAUGAUGGUUCCCUUGUUUGGAUUUUUAAUUAUUGCCUACAAUCAGUACUCAACUUUGAAGGUUGAGAUGAUUGAUUUUGAGCAUGAAGAACAUUUUUUCACAGGCAGAAAUGUGUUGUGUUGCCUGUCAGGGUUUAUAUUGAAAUUCAUCACUUUCAUUAGUUUUAUUUCAAUUGGAACCAUUAUGAUUCUGUUCACCAUUCAAUCCAUUGCUCUCAUUGAUGACAUGGUGCAAGCACCAGGAAAGAAAUGGUCCAUUACCUUAAAUCAUCACACCUACAAAGUGCACAUGUAUUGUGAGGGUAAUGAGAAAUCUUCAAAUGUAGCACUUAUUGAUGCUGACAUUGGUAUUGCUUCUCCAUACGAAUAUAUGAAGAAAUUAGUGACAACACUUGCAUCGAAUGGAGUUAGAGCUUGUGUUAUUGAGAGAGGUGGUUAUGGAUUUUCAGAUACAGGUCCCUUACCUCGAGAUGUCAACAACACUGUCAUUGAAGUCGUGAAUGCAGUGUACGAAUCAAGAAUGCGAGUUCCUUUUCUUUACAUUGCUCACUCUGCAGCAUCUUUUACUGCACGAAAGUUAGCAGCAGAGUAUCCUGAGCUUUUAUCAGGUAUGCUAUUGUUGCAUCCUGCUCAUGAAGAUAUUGAAAGUGUGAUGCUGAGACAAGUUAAGAAUUUAACAGAGUCUGAAAUUUUGAAAAGAAAGAGAGACAGGGAUUACAUUGACGACACCAUUCGCUAUUUAACUCCUAUUGCUCUUCCUAGACUUUUCAAAUAUUUUCACGUUGAAUUUUUACUCGAAUACGAAGACCCUUAUGAGCUGUAUUACAUGAAUGGCUGGAAAAAUUAUUUUUAUUCCUUACUCAAUAUCACAGAACAGAAUUCAAUCAAUCGAAGAAUUAUUUUCCAAAACAAGUAUGCUGGGUGCGUUUGGAGUGAGUUGAAUCAUUUUCUGACCGACUCUGCAGACGUGGUUAGAAACAUGAGACCCAAGAAUGGAACAACGACCAUUCCUGUUGGGAUACUCACUGCAGGAAAUCUCCUCUAUGGAGAUUGCACUUCCAAUCACUAUCAAGAAGACAGCCUUAUGUGUGAACAUUUUCACAAGUGGAAAGAGGGAAGGCAAAAAGCUCUCCUCAUGUUACAUCAAGAUUUAGCAAAAUUGUACAAGGCUGAAUGGCACAUAAUUGAAUCAUCUUACGACAUUCCUAUUGACUCUCCCGAAAUUGUUACAAGUCAUGCCAAGCGAUUGUUGAGAAUGCCAUAA